UCAACACUUCUGCUCCUUAACGGCGAAGGAUCGAGGGUGGUGGAGGAGGUUAUAUUCGUUACUUUCUCGCGAAUCGAUCCAGGCCCUCUUCUUCUGUCGUCCCACUUCCAGACGCUCCAAUAGCAAUUCUUAUUCUUUCGACGCGAAAUCCCUUCUUUGUUCGAUCACUAACGCCGAAAUAGAGAGAUGGGGCUGUUUUCCAACAGAGUGAACAAGAAGAACCUCAAACCCGGAGAUCACAUCUACUCCUGGAGGACCGCCUAUAUCUACGCCCAUCAUGGCAUCUAUGUUGGAGGUGAUAAGGUCAUCCAUUUUACAAGAUGGGGUCAGGAAUUAGGAACAGGAACUGUGCUGGAUGUCCUUGUGACGAGCUCGGUACCAGCCCGAGCUCAAGUACCCUGCUCCACCUGUACCCCAACGGAAGAGGCUCAUCAUGGGGUUUUAUCCUCAUGCCUAAACUGUUUCCUUGCCGGAGGUGUUCUCUACUGUUACGAGUAUGCUGUCCAACGCUAUCUCUUUCUUGCGAAAGUGCGUGGUGGAACUUGCACUCUUGCUGCUUCAGAUCCAGACGACAUUGUGGUCCAUCGCGCAAACCACCUCCUUAAGUAUGGCUUUGGGUGCUAUAAUGCAUUCAAAAACAACUGUGAACACUUUGCCAUCUACUGCAAGACAGGGUUACUUGUUCUGGAUCAAAGAACAAUGGGGCACAGUGGGCAAGCUGAUUCAUUGGUGAGUGGGCUGAUUGCAGCAGCUUUCUCUGCUCCAUUAAGGCUUACCAACACCAGUAUCUUUGAUAUCGGGGCUACAGCAUUCAGAGUCUACUGUGAAAGCCGGAUUGCUGCCGACAUUGGCAAGAGAAGCGAUGUGGUUAAGGUCUCUGUCGAGGACUUGACAACAAGGCUAGAAAACAGCAGGUGCACUACAGAUUACUGAACCGAGUCCCCCGGCUUUGCUACCUCGUGCCAGGUAGCCUGCCUGCUGUAUUGCAUCGAUAACUAUUAUGUGUGUGCGUUAUUUAAUACUAGGAUGGGUAAUUCGGUAUAGUAUUGGCACCCUCCAAUAUGAUAAAAGACUGAAAUGAGAUUUGGAAUGUUAUGGUUCUAUUAAGCUUGGGGGAUGGGAUUGCUUUCAUGGUUUCAGGCCUGUUUUCUUCUGUGAAUUAGCCUCUUGUAUGAGAUGAUAUCAUGGUGGCAAAAAUGUCUUUCUAAUGGUGUUUGAAGA